AUGCGGUCAUCCAGUCCCAAUCCUACAGCCAGUCCUGGUCCCGUUCGCUCACCUACACAGCUCGCUAUGGCAACCGGCUCGACGUCUUCACCUGGCCUCAUUGCGUCUGCUGUCUCUCAUGAAGUACACACGUCAUCACCACACCAACCAGCCUCGACGACAGCGAAGGCAGCACGAGGCUCACUCCUUGCUGCCCUUCGCCAUAGCGACGAGAUGGAUUGUGGCAGAACCUCCAGCGAAAGCGAAGGGCACUUUUUGUCUAGGCCACCCGACGACUUGAAUCUGCGGGUGGUGCGCUCCAUCGGACACGGCGCCUACGGCGUCUGCAAUGAGGUGCUAGUCUGGAGGAACCGCUGGGUUCAACGGUCUGAAGGCAAGGAUUCAAGCGCUAGCAAUGCGCCGUGCAAGUGUGCAUGUCAUGGAGAGACUCGAGAUGGUCAAGAUCAAAUUAAUUACUCCGGUGUCUUCUCGGAGAAUGGCGAACCAGAAAGACAGGCGCUAAAGGUAACCAAAAAUACCGUUUAA